CAAAUAUUUGUGCGCAAUGAAACGAAAACUUGCAAACAUUUCACACAUUUUCACAACCCGCUAAACAUUUCUUCCUUCUCUUGUUAUUUCUCUCUACAAAUACCCAACCUCCCCUUUUUUUGUCUUUAUGCUAUGAGACUUGCAUUUUCAUCUUCUGUUAUUUCAGUUUCAUUCCUCAUUAAACGACGUCGUUUCACCUGCUCCACAACACCCUCCACUUUUACUCUCAUGGCUACCUCCCCCAUCAUCACCACUGCUCCUCCUUCCUUCCAUCACAACCACUGCCGUAAAAAAGACAAGAUCAUCGUCAUCAUGGGCGCCACCGGCACCGGAAAAUCCCGCCUUUCUAUCGAUCUCGCCAUCCAGUAUUUCCCUUCCGAAAUAAUCAACUCCGAUAAAAUGCAAGUCUACAAGGGUCUUGAUAUCACCACAAACAAGAUUUCUCAGCAUGAACGUCAGAAUGUUCCCCACCAUUUUCUAGGUGAGUUCGACUCGCAGGACGGUGAGUUGACUCCUCUCGAGUUCCGCCACCUGGCUCACUUGACCAUCUCCGAUAUCUUCUGCCGUAAAAAAACACCCUUUAUCGUCGGCGGCUCUAACUCCUUCAUAUAUUCAUUACUUGUCGAAGAAUACAACCCAAAGUUCGACGCUUUCGACGCCUUUAACUCAGUGAGUUCGAGCUUGAGGUAUAACUGUUGUUUUCUCUGGGUCGACUCGUCAGUAAGAGUCCUGUAUGAAUAUCUCGACAAGAGAGUCGACCAAAUGUUCGAAACGGGGAUGUUCGAGGAGUUACAAGCGUAUUUUCGUGAGUCAGAGGUGUUAAAAGACAGCGUUAGCUCAUUGAGUCGGAGCGGGUUACGGAAGGCCAUCGGAUUGCCGGAGUUCGAGAGGUAUUUCCGAGAGUACCCGGCGGAGAAAGUUGAGAGCUUUAGAGAGUGGGAUCAUGUGCGGCGGGUUGUAUAUGAGGAAGCAGUGAGGGAGAUAAAAGAGAACACACGUCAGCUAGCGAAGAGACAAAUUGGAAAAAUAAAGAAACUGAGAGACGGCGGGUGGGACAUACGGCGGUUGGAUGCGACAGCGGCGUUCACGGCGUUGCUGAUGUGUAAACAAGAGGAAGAAUGGAGAAGUGUUUGGGAGAAACAGGUUUUGGAACCAAGCGUGAAAAUUGUGAAGCGCUUCUUGGAGAAGUAGGUUUUUCAGCUUUUUCAAACUAGUUUUUCUUUUUUUCUUUUUUUUUUUUUUAUAUAUAUAUUUUGAGCUCAAAAUUCUCAAUCUAAUUUCGAUCAAUUUUGAAGUGCAGAUGAAUGUUGUCGAAAGCAAAAUUGAGGAUACAGAUAGAGCAAAAAUUGCAUAUUAAAAAGUAUUUUUGCUCUAUCUAUAUUCUCAAUUUCCCCUUUUACAAU